ACUUAUGGGGUGAAACAAGGUCCCUAAGUCCCGUAUGGAUUUUCGACUUUCCAUGCGAAGCGAGGUUUUCGUGAAUUUACAGUUCUUUCUAUACAAAGCGAAAUUCAACUCAAACCUGUUUCUAAUGUCUAGUUUUCUGCAGGAAAUCCCCCCCCUCCUCCUCUUCCCCGUAGAGAGGGGGACACACUUCACUCAUCAUCUCCACUGAUAUAUGUCUCCAUCAUAUAUUUUUUAACGCAAAACGAGGUUCUACAUAGUUCUUCUUACGACUUUUUAUGCGAAGCGAAGAAAAUAUAUUUACUAUAUAUAUAUUAUAAAUUCAAUCGGAAGUAGGAAUUAUUCGAAAAUACAUCCAUUAUUUUUAAAAACAUAAUUAUUAUAAUGGACAAAACCGAUAAAUUACGAAUACUGAAAAAUGCUAUAAGGAGUUAUCCAGACUUUCCUGAACCUGGAAUUAUUUUCCGAGACAUAUUUGGUGCAUUUCACGAUAUUGUAGCUCUAAAAGCACUAAGGGAUUUAAUUGUGGGACACAGUUUAUUGCUUGAAAUCGAUUUAGUUGUAGGACUGGAUUCACGUGGCUUCCUCCUUGGUCCUAUGAUUUGUAUGGAGUUAAACAAACCCUUUUUGCCUAUCAGAAAAGAGGGUAAACUUCCAGGCAAAGUUACCCAACAGAAAUAUUCAUUAGAAUAUGGAGAAGCCAUAUUUGAAUUGCAAACAGAAUUCAUCAACAAAGGAACUAGAGUUUUAGUUGUUGACGAUUUGCUGGCAACUGGAGGUUCCAUGGCUGCAGCUAUACAAUUACUACAGUCAGUAGAUGCUAAUGUUGUUGAAUGUUUAGUAAUAAUGGAAUUAACUUUGUUAAAAGGUCGAGAUAAGCUUAGUGUUCCUGUUCAUUCUUUUAUACAAUAUGAUGAUUAGGAAAUAAUUAAAAUAUAUUCCUCUAACAGAACAUUUAGUAUACGGACAAAAAAA